UUGAAAAACAUCAGAAUGUCACCACUCUGUCCAUCAUCUCAUUGUGUGAAAUCCUUCAUUUCUCAUCUGUUUGUUGUGCAGGCCUGGCAGGAUGCUGGACUCGGCCUGUCCACUGCUAGCAAUGAAGCCUGUAAACUCUUUGAUGCAGUGCUCACCCAGUAUGCAACCUGGGCCAAUGAUGAGGGUCUUGGAGGUAUCGAGGGAUGUCUCUCCAAGCUAAAAGCAGCAGAUCCAAAUUUUACAAUGGGACAGGUCAUCGCAAAUGGUUUGGAGUUGAUUGGUACUGGAAGUUCAGUGCGGCUCAACAAAGAGCUGGACAGUGCGAUGAGAACAAUGAUGACACUGUCAAAAUCCCAGCCUCUCAGUGAGCGGGAGAAGCUUCACGUAGCAGCACUGGACAUGUUUGCCCACGGCCAGCUUCCCAAAGCUUGUGAUCUAUGGGAACAGAUUCUGCAGAGCCAUCCAACGGACUUGCUAGCCCUCAAAUUUUCCCAGGACACUUACUUCUAUCUGGGAUAUCAUAUACAAAUGCGAGACUCUGUUGCACGGGUUUUUCCUUUCUGGACACCUGAUGUUCCUCUGAGCAGCUAUGUUAAGGGCUACUAUUCUUUUGGACUCAUGGAAACAAACCUUUUUGAUCGUGCUGAGAAGCUUGCCCUUGAGGCUUUGGCUAUAGAUCAGACAGAUGCAUGGUCUGUUCAUACUAUAGCUCACAUAAAUGAAAUGAAAGCAGAGGUGAAGAAAGGGUUAGCAUUUAUGAAGGAGACAGAAGCCAACUGGAAGAACAGUGAUAUGCUUGCUUGUCAUAAUUACUGGCACUGGGCUUUAUACUUCAUUGAAAAGGGGGAAUAUGAGGCUGCUUUGACAAUUUAUGACAAUCAUAUUGCUCCUCAGUGCCUGUCAAGUGGAAGCAUGCUGGAUAUAGUAGAUAACUGUUCAAUGCUGUACAGGCUUCGUCUGGAAGGUGUAAAGCUUGGAGACAGAUGGGACAAUGUUCUCAAGAUUACAAAGAAACACACCAAAGAUCACAUUCUUUUGUUUAACGAUGUACACAUCUUGAUGUCUUCCCUUGGAGCCAAAGACCACAAAACUACUGAUGAGCUUUUAACAACUCUUCAAGAACUUGCCAAAGCACCUGGUGAAGACCAUGAACUUUCCCUGGCUCCUAGUUUGGGGUUACCACUGUGCCAGGCUUUUAUGGAGUUUGAAAAUGGAAAUUGUGACAAAGCAGUAGAUUUGCUGUACCCAAUCCGUUACCAGCUAAUCCAACUAGGAGGCAGUAAUGCUCAGAGAGAUGUUUUCAACCAGUUAUUGAUUCAUGCUGCUUUAAAUUGUAAAUCAAAAGCCAAACAAAACCUUGCUAGAUGCCUCCUGAGAGAACGUGAUGUGAUGAGACCAAACUCACCAAUGACAGAGCGACUUAUGAGGAAGGCAGCAGCAGUUCAUUCAAUGGCUUAAAUCUGUCCUCUGUGCUUGAGAUGAGAUAGCAAUAUGCUUAGCAAUCAAAGUCUGGAUGCGGGGAGUGGAGGUGUUCUAUGCUGUAGCCCAUGUUUGAGAAUCACAGUUAAGAGUACCCUAGGAGCUAGAGAUCUGAUGACAAUUUCCUUAAAAGAUAGAAAGCUGUUGCACUUCGUGUUAUAUCUUGGAUGAUUCUACAAGGAAAUAAGAAUACUUGCUGAUAAUACACAGCUAUCAGUAGCAUCCUGAGGCACUACUUUUCUGGUAUAUUUCCUUGAAAGCUCCCUUGACCCUGAUAAUAUUCAGUACAGAAACAGUGCCUGGAUUUCAGUUAUUCAUUGGCCUGGUUUAUUACUUCAUUAAUAUGUUAAAUAGUGAGUAAACGUUUUAGGUAAUUCAAAUAGGCCUCAGCAUUGCAGAUGGGCAAGUGUAGGGCCAGAGCCAACACAGACAUAAACGGAAUUCCAUUUCAACCUUCCAGCCCAUUAAGGCAUGAGUUACCUUGGCAUUACAGAUCUGUCUGCAUUCAGGAUCUUUUUCCAGAUGCUUUUUUUUAAUCUGUCUCUUACAAAAUGUUAGACUUCAAGAUAGAGGCCCAGAACUUCUUGAAAUUACAAUGCGGAAGAGCCAGACAAGAGGAACAAGGGCUGACUGCUGGUUAGGACUAUUUUAAUGUGGAUGAUUGCUCGGCACCUUUAAAUCUUUCAGGAAAAAAUGAAAAAAUCUGGAUUUCAGCUAAAACAGUGCUGUCUCUGAAUAGUAAUUUGGGCUGGAAUCGUUGUGCUUAGUUUCUAAUAACUCAGGCCUUACUGUCGUCUCAACAGCAAGAGACGCUUUGUUUAGCAAUGUAAGCUUUAAAGCCAAUGUUCAUGAGCUUUAUAGGAACACUGGAGAAUCUCAGUGCAGGUGAAAACUGCCAAGGAACUCCUCCAGAAAGAGAGCUAAUGGGAAUUGUCACAAAGCUUUGUCCUGGCAUGAGUGAUGUGACGAGCCUUGGUGCUGCAAAUAAGGCAUGAUAAGAGACAUAAAGCUCCAUGAAGUUCUUGUGCUUCUCAGUUCCUGCAGUGCAGCAGAGUUAAAAGCUUGUCUUGCAAAAGUAAUCCAGAAAUCCCUAAUGGAGAGAAGAUAGUAUUUCAAACGAAACCUAAUGCCUUCUGUUCUUGUUCUGGCAUAGAAAUGCCACACCCUUUAAUUGCCCAAGCUCUGACUUUGGUAUCUACAAGAACUCCAGGACAUGUCUGCCCCUCCUUCCUCUCCAGCUUGGGCUCUUCCACACGUCCCACAGUAGCCCCUUUUCACACAGAAUCCUUCUGACCUAAAGCACUUGCGUAGCUGGCCCUAUGGUCGCCCUGGAGUUCCUACAUAAUAGAGGCUUAAGAUAUGCAAGUGCCUUGCUGCCUGCCUUCUUCCCCCAACCAUCACGGGAGAAAAAAUAGUUUAGUUUAAAAAAAAUGAUAGUUUGUGAACCCAUAUAAGGGUAUUUCAGUCCUUGCUUGCAACCUUUUGAAUGCUGUGGACAGUCAUAGUUCACUGCUCUUCAGAUAUGUCACUACCUUAUCUGUCCAGCCAUGACUGUGAUUGGCUCACUCAGUGAUAAAGUUAGUGUUUUUUUUUUACUGUUAAUUUUUAAUCACUGCAUGUCAAGCAAUGACUUUAGACAGAUAAAUUUUUACUCAAGGGAUGUAACAAAUCCUACUAUCAAACAGAAGUCUGAGAAAUCUGCUGGCUGCUUAUGAAGUGUGUAGUGUAAGUGAUGCAUUGCUACAUAAAUCUAAGAGUGAUAUUUUAGUACUUCUGAUAUAAUGUGAUUUAGAAUUCUGUCUGCUUUACAUUAAUAAAUUCAAAGAUGUCCUCAGUUGUGCAGCAAGUA